AUAUCAACACACAACAGUCUCGUGUUUUUCUCUGUGCAGUUAGUUAAAGAAGCGGUUUUCAUUUUCUUUUUCUUUCGUUUUCUUAGCUAUUUUCUUACUAUCCAAACAGAAAUUAAAAUUUUCUUUUCAAGUUUAAUCAAAGAAGAAAUGGAAUUGAUCUCAAUGGAGGACACGUGUUAUCAUCUCGCUGUUAUUCCAUCAAUGGCUUGCGUUUCUCUCUCUGUUGCUGUACGGACUCGACGGUCUCAACCACCACCGAAUUCUCCUAUACGCACCACGUUACGAAUAUGUAAUGCCGCUAGUAACUAAACUAAUCUUUUUUUAGGUUUAAUUUCUUUUGUGUUAGUUCUAUUGCUUUCAAUUUCAAGAAUUUAAGUUUGAAAAAUUAGGGUUUUGUUCUUGAUUCCGUUGUUUUAAGUGGUGAAUUCCUGUUUCUUGUGGAAAUUUGAAGAAAUUGGUGAAUUGUUGUUGAGUUAGGGUUUCCAUCAUGUUGUUCUUGAAUUUAGAGUUUUCCUGCUUUUGAGGAAAAAUUGAGAUUGAUUUAGGGCAAAUAGUCUGUGUGGAAUUUGAAAUAUUUUUGGCGGGAAGUGUUUUGGUUGGAUGGCUGGAAGGCGGGAGUUAGGGUUUCCAAAUACAGGUGGUCGUGCAAGUAGCUUGAGAGAGCAAUUAGCUAGAAAAACUCUUAAGAGUGUGAGAUCUAAAGGACAUCCUUAUGUGGAACUUCGUGAGGAUGGGAAGUGUUUCGUGUUCUUUUGCACAUUGUGUCUUGCGCCAUGUUACAGCCCUCCUGUAUUGUUUGAUCACUUGAAGGGCAAGCUUCAUACUAAGAGGUUAUCGACUGCUAAGCUUACUCUCUUGAAGGAAAAUCCUUGGCCUUUUAGUGAUGGUGUCCAAUUCUUUAACAAUUCUACUGAGAAUGAUGAGCAUUUACUCAUUAAGAAUGAUAACAAGUCGUUAGCCAAUGAUAAUAGCAACCUUGCUAUUGUUAAACAUGCUGGAAAUGGGAAGCCUGCUGCUGAUGAGAAUGUUGGAUGUGACGAAGAUGCAAAUGACAAUGGAAGACCAUGCGAUUUGGUUAUUCAAGAUAUUCUUAUUAGAGAUGACCUUUCUGAUUUGAAUGCAAGAUUUAUGGGUUUUGGACAAAUCGCUGCAAGGUUUAUUGAGACAGAUGGCAAUUUAAGUGAGAUCAGUCGGAUAUGGUGUGAAUGGUUGGGGGAAAGUGUUCCUGAAAAUAAGGAAAAGGACAAGGUCAAGGUUGUGGAUCAUGAAUUUGCUGUUAUUACAUUUGCUUAUAUUUGCAAUUUGGGAAGACCGGGGUUGAUUGACGACGAUGAUGAUACAAAGUUGUUGCUCCCAUCUGGUCCUGCUCAAGAAUGUCAUAAGGAGGAGGGGAAUAAUAGGAAAAGGAAAAAGUCAUCUCCUGAUCCUGAGAAUAUUAGUGGUCCUCCUACCAGAUUGAUGUUGGAUCGACAUGAUCAUCAGCUUCUUCCUUCAACGUCUAAAUCUAGAAAGAAUGCUCGACGAGAGCUGAGACGUCAAGCUCGCAUAGCUGCAGAGAGAAUUUGCGACAUCUGUCAACAAAAGAUUCUUCUGGAGAAAGAUGUAGCAACUCUGGUGAACAUGAAGACUGGACAACUCGCUUGCAUUGGCAGAAAUUCAUAUGGGCAAUUUCAUGUGUUCCAUACUUCCUGCCUCAUACUCUGGAUACUUCUCUCUGAAUAUGAAAUGGCUAAAAUUCAACCAGUCAGUGCAAAAGAGAGAAAAAAGUCAAGGAGAAAAAAUGGAACUAAAUCUACUGAAGCGGGAAAGGGGAAACUUUUCAACUGCCAAAUUGGUUCAGUGUUCUGCCCAGAGUGCCAAGGCACCGGUGCUACACGUGAGAUAGAAGCGCGCGAGCUGCCAACUAUUUAUCUUCCAGAGAUGUUCAAGUACAGAAUCAAAGUUGGUGAGGGGCGAAGAGCAUGGAUGAAAAGUCCUGAAAUGGUGGAGAAUUGUUCAAUUGGCUUUCAUUUUCCUUGUCCGUCAGAAAGAGCAGUUCAGGAAAAGGUGUCGCCACUCAAACUGCUGCGUUUCUACAGAGCUGAUGUAUAGAGUUGAGCACAGGUUUCAGUUGCCAAACCUUUCAUGUAGUUCACUUUAGUUUGUUCAUAGAUUAUAGCUUUUUUGUUCUCUAGGAAAACUUCUGUAACUACCUGUGAAGAUACUAUUCAUGACCCUUUUUAACACUCAACUAGAUUUAGGUUUAUGAGGUCAUAUAUUUCUGUGGAUAUCAGUCUUGUAAAUCGGUAAACUGAUGCAUUGUCUAACUGGGGCGUUCAAAUAGGAGGGUGUACAUUGCUGACAUCUGUCUGCACCGUAAAUGAAUUGGAAACAUUAUCAUCUGAGGAUUGACUUUUGAA